CCUUGUGAAGCAGAGCUUCAGGAACUGAUGGAACAAAUUGACAUCAUGGUGAGCAACAAGAAGUUGGACUGGGAAAGAAAGAUGCGGGCUUUAGAGACACGAUUAGACCUUCGUGAUCAAGAGUUGGCCAAUGCACAGACUUGCUUGGAUCAGAAAGGCCAGGAGGUGGGGUUACUUCGACAGAAGUUGGACAGUCUAGAAAAAUGCAAUUUAAUGAUGACGCAGAACUACGAAGGACAGCUACAAGCCCUGAAAGCUCAAUUUUCUAAGCUAACCAAUAGCUUUGAAAAACUGAGAUUACACCAGAUGAAGCAAAGCCAAGUUCACCGAAAAGAGGUCCCCAGCAAAGAAGAAAUACCCUUUGAGCUGAACAGUUUGAACCAGAAGCUGGAGGAGUUUAGAACAAAGUCAAGGGAAUGGGACAAACAAGAGAUCCUCUAUCAGACUCACCUAGUAUCUUUGGAUGCUCAACAGAAAUUACUAUCUGAAAAAUGUAAUCAAUUCCAGAAACAGGCACAAAAUUACCAAACUCAGCUAAAUGGUAAGAAGCAAUGCCCAGAGGACAUCAGCCCUGAGAACCCUCACAUGAUGUGUGACUCAGAUCCUGGCUGUGAGGCAAGCCAAAGAGAUGAGUUCAUUAUUGAAAAGUUAAAAUCGGCUGUGAGUGAAAUAGCACUGAGCAGGAACAAGUUACAGGAUGAAAACCAGAAGCUUCUGCAAGAACUGAAGAUGUGCCAGAGGCAGUGCCAGGCCAUGGAAGCAGGAUUGUCGGAGGUGAAGAAUGAGUUACAGUCACGUGAUGAUCUCCUGAGGAUUAUAGAAAUGGAAAGAUUGCACUUACAUAGAGAACUAUUGAAAAUGGGAGAAUGCCAGAAUGCUCACGAUAACAGGAAAAGACUUGAAACAUCAUAUUCCCCUUCUACUAAAGAAGCAGAAAGGAAAAGGAAAGAGUUGUUUUCAAUGGUCUCAGAUCAACCAAAUCAUGAAAAAGAAUUAAACAAGAUUAGAAGCCAGAUGUAUCAGGAGGAAGACCGAUGCACUGAACAGGAACGCAUGAGGAUUGAGAUCUCCGACCUCACGCAGGAACUUCACCGGAAGGAGAUGACUAUAGCAACUGUCAUGAAGAAAGCUGCCCUUCUGGAAAGGCAGCUAAAGAUAGAAUUAGAAAUUAAAGAAAAAAUGUUAACCAAGCAACAGGUCUCGGAUAUGAAAUACAAAGCUGUCCGAACAGAAAACACACACCUGAAAGGAAUGAUGGGAGACUUAGACCCUGCACGGUACUUGCAUGAAGACAGUAGAAGGACCUGGAAGCACUCUGAGCAUUGCUGUGGACCUUGUGACUGGAGCACAGAUGGAUAAAAAGGGAAGCUUGCUGGUCUCCCUACCUGCUACAUUAAAAACCUGCCCAUCAUCUCUGCAUUUUCAUUCCCUAAUUUGGGACACACAAAACUUAAAGCAGCUCCCAGCUUGCAAGUGUUUGUCUGAUUAGAUCCCAGGUCACCAUAGCCCUGCUGAGGGCCUUCACUCUGCUCCUGUAGACUUUUGGCUUUGUUCAUUAUGGUAUUUGUUUUUGUUUUUGUUUUUAAGAACUAAAACUCACAAAGAUAUAUAAAGCAACCACUAAUUACCCACACCCCUUCCCCUAGUCUCACUUGGGCAGCAGAGGGCUCUGUGCUGGCAAGUAAGUGGUGGCUCCUAUAGCUUUUUCCUGACCAUUCCCACAGAUAAGGUAGGGAGAUGGUGUCUCCUACACUAUAGAUGUGAAACUCAAGUGGUGCCCAGAGCUGACCUCCAGCCGUGUGUGCACAGCAGUACAGGCCAGCAAGUCCUUGGAAAAUGUACAUAGCUGUCUAUGACUUAUCUACAUUGUGCAUGCAGGUGACUCCAGAGCUUGCCUCCCUGCUUUCGUCUCUCCACCUCCUUCUUCCACAUCUAGUCCCAUGUGCCAGUGUGCAGUGACUACUCAUUUGCAUCUAUCACUUUGCAUAUCCACACACCCAUGUAAACACACAUUUGUGCUUACUUGAGGAUUUUAUCAUUAAAAUAAUAAAGGGUCACAGGGAUAGAGGGAUGGCUCAGAAUUUAAGAGCAUUUGCUGCUCUGUCUAGGAUCUGAUUCAGUUCCCCUCCCCCCCACAGCAGCUCCCAGCUACCUGACAAGCCCAGUUCCAGAGUAUCUGAUGUCAUCUUCUGAUCCCUUCAGGGCACACAAACAUACACACAGAGAUACAUAUAAUUAUUUUUUUAAAAAAACUAGGUUCCCAUACCUCUGCAUGUCACACUUCUGUGUGUUUUAUUUUUGUUUGUGCUAAUAGGCCUUCCACACCAACUGGCUCAAGCAUAUUCUGCCCUUGAUAGCAUUGGUUAAUAUCCCAUGGCGUUGAUAUAUCCAAACUUAUUAGACUGUUUUUCCUAAGUAAUUUAGUGUAUUUGACUCUGUCUUCAUAUUUUUUCCUGGAUAAAUAGUUCAUAAAACAUCCCAACAUGUAUAUCUUGGAGCAGUUCCCCAGAGGAGGAACCACUGGCUCACAGGAUAUGUGUUUUAAUGUUAAUAUCUUCAUCAUGGCCUAUUUCUGCUUCAUCACUAUGCUUUCUUGUUGCCACUACUGUUACUACACUUUUUCAAUAGUUCCCAUAGUUUACUGCAUUAGUUGGUAGUUUGUGGUACUAUGAAUUAGAUACACGUUAUGUAUAUUUUCUGUGAUGUUAGUUCUUUUUCUUGACAAUUUAUAGAAGCAUUUUCAAAGUCUGUUUUCUGUAACUUUAUAUUUUUGCCAUACAAGAAGUUUUAAACUUUGACUUGCCAAAAAUCACUCUCUCAGUGGGUAUAUGUGGACCUUCCUUCUUUGAUAGCAGGGUUUUCCACAUCUACAUAUACAAUUUUGUAUUUUUCAGAGGUUUUAUAUUUUCCAUAUAAUUGUUCAAUCCAUUUAAAUUGUUCUUUAAAAUGCAAUGUGUAAUAGCUCAGUUAAAAUUUUCAUGUAGACUAAGCUCAAGGCACCAGGUUUCUCCUUGUAAUUUCCCAUGGAUUCUAUCUGGAAUUGAAUUCAUUUUUGUGUUAACUUUGAAGACAAAGCUUUUAUUAUAGUAAGAUAUAGCAUAAUUCCCCAUUUCUUCAUAAUAUAUUUCCCAGUAAUGCAAUUGUCUUUGAAUAGUUCCUGUUUCCUUCCUUUAAAAUUAUUUCCCAAGUUAUUUACAAUUCUUGUCACUGUUAUAAAUGGAAUAUCUUGCUUUUACCACAUGAAGCAGCUAAUAUAGAAGAAGGUCCAGUUAGUUUAUUCCCUCUAGAGCAGUGCUUUUCAACCUUCCUAAUGCUGAGACCCUUUAAUACAGUUCUUAUGCUGUGAUGACCCCAACCAUAAUAUCAUUUCGUUGCUACUUUGUAACUGUAAUUUUGCUACUGUCAGGAAUCCUAAUGUAAAUAUCUGAUAUUUCCAGUGGUUUAAGGUGACCCUCAAAGGGGUCAUGAUCCACAGGUUGAGAACUGCUGUUCUAGAAGGAACUUUCCUAAUGUAGUUUAGCUCUCUGACUCUCUCUUCUUUUCCAGUGUUCACACCUGUUCUUGUCAUUGUCAGAACGCCCUUGCUAAGACCUCCAAGAAAAUCUAAGUCAUGGCAGUACUUGCUGGCAAAUUUUCUAGUUUCUGACUAUAAAUGUCACACUUUUGGAGUUUUUCGGGGUGUAAAUUUGUUUUCAGUUCAUGAUCCUGUGCUGUUCUUUCUGCACUAUUAUGAAAUGUAGCUGCCCCUGCUUGCCAGGGCCUUUCCCACAGAGGUGACACUGUGAGUCUUCCCUUUGUAUUUGUUGAUGUGUCAGACACUAUGGUUGACAUAUUUCCCAGUUCUCAUCCAAAUUUGGGUUCCUGGAAUAAAUCUUCCCAGUUCUAAAUUA